UUGGAAGCGACUCGAGAGUAUUUUCAUCGCGACAGUACAACACGUGCGCCCGGCCGGUGAGCCGCUCGACUCCGCUUCCUUUCCGUGUUUAUCAAAAUGUGUCUAACGCGUAACCGUGGACCACCAUCUUUCCACGUCUCGUCGUAAUCGGUUUCCCGUUCCGUUUAUUCGAUUAUCGCCAGCCGAUAUCGGAGGAUACGAGGGAUACGAGCCAUGAAGCAAGCCGCCAGCUGAUUAUCCUCGUCCAAUAUCCGCGAUGGCAAUAUGGCGAACAUCAAAGUGGCAGUCCGUGUAAGACCAAUUUCCUCCAGAGAGUCGAAUUUAACGGGGUCAGAGGUGGUCGUCCACACAGAAUCGAACGAGAUCUCGCUAACGAACUUGAAAGUAUCUUCGAGCAAAGCCGGAGACAGCCGGGAGAGGAUUCGAAAAUAUGGUUUCGAUUAUUGCUUCGACUCGUCGAACCCAGUUGCGCAGAAUUUCGCGGACCAGACAACCAUUUACCAAACACUUGGCAGGACUGUUCUGGACAACGUUUUCACCGGUUAUAAUUCCUGCCUGGUGGCGUACGGGCAAAGCGCAUCCGGAAAAACUUACACCAUGAUGGGAACCAAGGAGGAUCCGGGGCUCACGCCACGCCUUUGCGAGGGACUUUUCGCGAGGAUCGAGGAGGAGAGGAAGAACGAGAGAAAUUAUGGGAUUUCUGUCAGUUACUUGGAGAUAUACAACGAGAGGGUGAGAGAUCUUUUGAAGCCGUCCUCGAGCGCGGGAGGACUGAGAGUUCGCGAGCAUCCUCGACUCGGCCCUUAUGUUCAAGGUUUGACCCAUCACGUGGUGCGCACCCUGGGCUCGUUGAUGUCCUGCGUGGAGGAGGGUACGAGGGCCCGGAAGACAGCGUCCACGUUGCAGAACCCGAGCAGCAGCCGCAGCCACGCUCUGCUCACGAUCGUGGUCGCCGAGGGAGCGGGGAGCGAAGCGUCCUCGAGGAGGCCAUCUCGCGGCGGCAGCAAGCUACGCCUGGUCGAUCUGGCGGGAAGCGAGAGCGCGGCUACGUGCGGUGGCGUUCAUCGGCUGAAGGAGGGCGCGAAUAUAAACAAGAGUCUAGUGGCACUGGGGAACGUAAUAUCGGCCCUUGCGGAGAGAGGCACGAGCCCAGGAAGUGGCCCAGCCAGGAGGUUCAUCCCUUACAGAGAUUCUUCGCUUACUUGGCUGUUGAAGGACGCACUUGGCGGAAAUGCCACUACCAUUAUGCUCGCCACUAUCUCGCCAGCGAGCGGAAGUUACAACGAGACAGCCCGCACGUUGCGAUUUGCGCAGAGGGCGCAGAGCGUGGUCAAUCGGCCGAUGGUCAACGAGGACCCGGUGGCGAAGAUCGUUCGCGAGCUCAGGGCAGAGGUGGCCAGGCUGAAAUCCUUGCUUCUGGAGAAGACCACGGAUCCGGACACGAAGGUGUUGUGCCGUUGCCGGAGGGGAAUUCGAGCAGAGCUCAUCGGCACGGAGGGAGUCGGAUCGUGCGAACGAGCCGCGGAACGGAAUUCGAAGGAGCAGGAGGGGGAGGAGGGGGGGAUAGAGUGGAUGGCGAGGGGGGGGAAGAAAGGCGCCUUCCCUCUUCAAAGAUCCAAUUCCACGGACACCGUGGCCACGUACCACCAACUCGUCCCCUGUUCAACGGGUAGGAGAUUCGGUUCCUUGGAACUUAUCGAAAGCGAUCGUUUCGCGGCCGGCUAUAACCGAGCUCGAGUGACGGAGUUGAACGAGGAGGAGGGGGCGGGCGAGGAAGUGAGCGAGAUCCACGAAUCCGUGUUCGUCGACAUACCGACCUUGGUCGCCGUCCUGAUCAAACCUGACAAUAACCCCGACGAAUCCUCGGUGCACAUCGAGGAGAUCUACUCGGACGAGGUCGUGGACGAAUCGUCGAACGACGUGGAAUUUAUCGAGGGCGAUCGAUCGUACGAGAGACGGGAGAUAUACGAAGUAAACGCGAGAAAAACGGGACAAGAGGUGGACAAGGGUGGGAGGGAGAGAAAGCGAAAGUUUCGCAAGCAGGACUCGGUGGACGCGAUCCCCGCCCUCACGAAUUUGCACGCCUCGAGGAAGUUCGGCUCGGUGGAGGCGAUCCAGAGGAGGGAUCCCGCGUUCUCGUUCGAGAGGUCUCACACGAGCUUGGAGAAGCCGCUGCGGCCCGCCUCCUCCACGAUUCCCGAUCGCGUCGCGAAAAAGUUGAACGACAUCCGGGAGGUGGAGGAUCGAAGGAGGAAGAAUUCGAGCGGGGCAGGUAAGCGGGCGAGCAACGAGCGGCUGGAGCGCAAAGGGAGCAACGACUCGGACAGGGGUGUGAGGACGGAGGUGUGCGGCGGUGCCGCGAGCCAAUCGAACGGGUGCAGGGCGAGGAGCUUUGCGAGGAAGCCCAGUUUGGAGAACGUGAGGCGGAAGAGCAGCAAGGACAGCAGUUCGAGCAGCUCGAAGGACGAGCAGAUCUCGACGGGGCGGGGGGACAAGCCGUCGUCGAGCAGGAAGAAUUCAUUGGAGCAGGAGUCGUCCUCGAUCCUGAGGAACCACACCCCCAUACAAAGGGUGAAGCGGGCAGAGAUCGUGGCCGCGGUCACGGAAAGAUUGUACUCGAGCAAGAGGAGCGCGGAGGAUUCGCCGGGGAUGCGUUCGCCGACGGGGGAGGCGACGGCCGACGGGGCGACGAAGUCCGUGGCUAGGUUGAAACUGCAGGAGAUCUCGAGGAAAAUGUUGGGCAAACGUAGACGGGUGAGCGUGGACACGCAGACCGAUUGCUCGAGGACCGUGCGAAUGAGGGACACGGCUUCCCUCACGGAAACGUCACCGAUCGCUCGUCGCGACGUCGCGAUCUCGACGGAUCAUCGGCAAGUCUGCGAGAACCCGGUUUGGGACAAGGGAUUCGGACCCGUGUUGAGGGUGAAGGAGAUGGCCACCUCGACCGAUAAACCGAGCACGGUCGUCAGCGUGGUGAGGUGCAGAGACGUGGGCAGCUCGGCGACCGAUCUCGAGGAUUACGAUUGCGGGCUUCACUCGCCGCGAAACGAUUCCGGCAUAUUGUCCGACGACGGCCAGAAUUAUUACGCGGGGAGCAGCAGUAAUCCGAGCAGCGUCGAGGUGUCCGAUUUUUGCCAGGAGGGGGAGAGGGGAAGGGUGGCGUGCACCGAAAGUUCCACCAAUACCAGCGCGUUCUCCACGUGUCGAAGUUUCGCGGUGCAGACAUCGCGACGAACGGAUCAGCCAAUCCAAUUUGCUUGCUCGAGACGGUGUUGCGUUCAGCAGCAGCAAUCCGGGGAGAGGAGCGUCAUCUCCAUAUCGUUGCCCGACUCGGUGAGCAUCACGAUCGAGAGUCGGGGAUCGAGGAUCUCGACGAGGGAGAAGGAUUGUGGCGCAAGCAAGGACGAGAGCGCGCAAACGAAGGCACGGAGGGACGAAGAGGAGACGUCGCCGCCGUUGUCUCGUUCGAGGGACAACCGGACCGCAUCGACGCCCAGCCAGACCGACUGCAAGGUGUUCAGGAUCGAGAACAUCUUUCACGAUCCUAACAACGCGGUUGAGAGGAGUUAUUCUUCGAGGGCGGACUCGAAGGGUAGCCCUCGAGGAGCGGGGGCCGAGGAGCGGGCUAGGAUCAGGAAUUCCAUUACCUUGAGGAAUUCCCUUGGGACGUCGCACGCGUCCCAAGGGGAGGAGAUGGGGGGGCGGGAGGGAUUGAUCGGAGACGGUUCGAUCACCGAGGCGUUCAUCAACCGGAAGCGAAGUUUCACCUCGAGGAGGGCGCACGGUUUCCUCGUUCACCAGGAUCCAUCGAAGAAUGUUUCGGUCGAAGGGGCGCAGCCGUCGUUUUGGCGACUAGGGAUCGGGGAGACCCCGUUCAACGUCGAAGCGAAUCGUGACGUGACCUGUUUUCGCCCCCCUAGAUCGAACGAUACGAAUCACGAUCACGGUUUCUCGGACGACAGUUUGGAUUAUAACGAGAGCAACGCGUCCAGCGACGAUCCGACGACGUCGUUGUUGACGAAAGUCAAGCAGGGGAUGGGGCGAGAGAGGGAGAAUUUUUGCCCGCCCGAUGUGGUGGCGCACACGAAGAAGAAUUGCCCGAAAUCGAUCGAAACCGACCCCAAGAACGAGCCUGUUGCCGAUUUCAAACACGAUCGAGGGGGACUCCCGACGAGGAAUCCCGGCAAAUUGGCCGAGAUCGACGCCCACGGCCCCGAGUCCCUCACGAUUUUCGGGGGCAAACCGUUUCGUAGCUACGAGGGGGAGAUGGACGAAUCCGACAAUGUUUCCCCGAACAAUUCCGGAAGGAAGAAGAAGGUAUCCUUCUCCAGUUCCACCACCGUUUCCGAGAAGAGGUUCGACUCGAUCGGAAUCCUGAAGCCGAUCAUCAAGAGGAGAAGAAGGAGGAACGCGGCGGCCGACGAGUCCCCGAACCCUGUCCAUUCCUCGAACGAGGAGACCGAGGACUCUCAACAAGAGGUGAGGGGAGGAUUAAUAUCGAAGGGUAGUUGGAGAGAGAAGACACGAUCGGGCAGCUCAGAGGAGGGCAAAGAAGGGGGGGAGUUGGCGUUCGAGGAAGAGGAAAGUUCGAGGAAGAAGAAUCGCAGGAGGGUGAAGUUCUUCGCGUUCGACGAGUCGUCGGAGAACACGUGUAGCGAGUCGGAGAGUUAUGAGAACGUGGAGGAAGAAGAGGAGGAGGAGGAGGAGGAGGAGGGCAGAAACGUUCUCGAGGAAUAUCUGAGCGAGGCGGUGACCUUGAUGCGAAAUCUCAACUCGGGGACGAGCACGUGUCGCGCCUCGCUGGCGCAUCGGGGCCGAAGCGGGACCCCUCCCCCCUGGGAUCUUCACGAUCGCUCGAAAUUCACGAUCGAUCGCCGAGGCGAGGACUCGACGAACCCGGCACGGAUCGGCGACUUCUCGAUCGACGCGUCGACAGAGAUCUCGUACGAGAGGUGCGUGAAGGGUAUCCAGAGGCUGGAAGACUGCAUACGAAGGAUCGACAGGCACAACGAGUUGCUGAAGGAGAAGUACGGGGUCGAUUGCGAAUCUGCUGGCUCUAGACCGGAUCUAGCGAAUCCCAGCACGGAUCCUCAUCGAGCAUCCAACCACGACGACGACGACGACGAUUCGAAAGUUCUGAGCGGGACGAGGGAAGUCGGUUCGAGAAGUAGCCCCAGUGUCGCGGGACGGAAGGACGACUUGGAGAGGAAGAUCUUCGAUCAAUUGAUGAACGUGGCCAAUUCCAUCCGAUAUCGACGUUCCAACGUUGGACCCGAGACGCCCCAGAGUCCCACCAACGCCGCCAAAUUUCGCGAGACCGAAGAGCCGCGCCGCGGAGAGGUUAGGAAAUUAGGAAAUCUCAGCCUCGAGGAGAGCUGGAACGACUCGGGUCGCCAGGACGCCUUCGCCACCUACGAAAUUACGGGGAACCUGUCCGUGGGCAGGACAUGCCGUUUCACGGAACGGAACAGCGACACGGAUCGCAACAGUUUGGACGAGGACUCGUUGCCCCCGAGGAGGGCGUUCGAUCGUACAAUUUUCGACGACGAGCAGGACGAGCUCUCGAGCACGAGCAGCUACGCUUUUCCUACGAAACGCGAGGCGAGGACGAGAGGUGGAAAUUGGGGGAGGGGCGCGAGAGGGAAUUCUCCCGUGCAAGGGUGGAAAAGGUUUGAGGGAACGGACGAUUGUUCGCGGUGGGGAAUCAGAUGGGACGUGGGGCAGGGGUGGUGCAGGGGGUGCACGUGCGGUUCGAGAGAUCGGUCGGACAUCGAGGCCGGUGUCGAAACGAGGGACAAAUUGAGAUAUCCGGCGAGUCCGAGGGCGAGGUUUCUCGAGCUUUUGCGGGAGAGGCGGCGGAUCGUGGAAUGCUGCCGUGGCGCGAGCGCCUCUUGAACGGACCGCCACCUUCCCUUCUACAAUUGUAAAAUUGUAUUUUUCUAUUUUAUUAACGCGGGGCCACCAUUUCGCCCUGUAUAUAUCUUGUAAAUAUAACUCGGAUCUUUUGUAAACCCCCUCCAUGCGACGAGAUUUAACUUAUUCAUCUUCUGGAACUAUGUGUACCGGGGUGGAAGAACUCCGAUAGUAAUUCGCCCCCAAUCUGUAAUAUUAAAUUACAUUCUGUAAGAAAAAAAAAAAAAGAGAAAGAAAGAAAGGAAGAGAGAAAA